UCUCUCUCUCUCUCUCUCUCAUCACCAUCCUUUGCUGUUAAUUUUCUCCGUAAACCCAUUCAAACACUUCACUCAAUCAUAGUUUCCUCCCCUUCUUCCUCUCAAUUGUUCAUUUUAUUUAAGCCUACCCAAAACUCUUUCCCGGUCCCUUCCUCUCCCCCUCAUCCUCCCUUUUAUCAUCUCCAUAUAUAAUUAACCACUGCAUAUAUAAUACAUAUUAACCCUAGCUGUACGUAUAUGCUUUUAUGAUCAUGGAUACUGCGUGCGAAGCUAACCUCGUUCUCGGAUUGAGCUGCGCAUCGACCGUCGAGUUCGAACCGCUCCCUCCGAAUUGGUCGGCAGCGGAGCCGUCUCUCACCCUCGGCCUCUUCGAAUCAGCAAACCCUAAGACGGAGACGGAAGCGAGGAAACCGGAGCUCGGCGACAAGGAAUCAUGCCGGGCUAUUAGUGAUGAAGUGGAAGAAGAAGGUAUUGCCAGGAAGAAGCUGAGGCUCACCAAGGAGCAGUCGAGCCUUCUAGAAGAUAGUUUCAGGGAGCACAGCACCCUUAAUCCGAGAUUAAAACAGGCCUUGGCACGUAAACUGAACUUAAGGCCUAGGCAAGUGGAGGUUUGGUUCCAAAAUAGGAGAGCAAGGACAAAGCUGAAGCAAACUGAAGUAGAGUGCGAACUUCUUCGGAGAUGCUGCGAAACUCUGAGCACCGAGAACCGGAAGCUACAAAGGGAGCUACAAGAGCUCAAGUCGCUGAAAUUCAUGCAACCGCUCUACACUGCCACGGCGCUCACGGUAUGCCCUUCAUGCAAGAGGAUGAUCACUUCUACACGUCUACUUAAGUAACAAACUAAGAAGGGAUUAGCUAGAGAUCAGUGAGUUGUAACCUUACCCCUCCUCCAUUUUACACUAGGGGCUUGGGUGUUUGAUUAGUUAGCUUUGAUAUAUAUAUGUAGGUAUAAUUUGCUCUAACUAGUUGUUGUGUUACAGUAGUGCUUCUUGUAGAUUGCUAGGGUACUUAACAUGUACAAAUUGAAAUGAAGCGUGCGGUGGAUUGAAUUUUAGUUAGUAUACAUAUGUAUAUGUUUGACCCUUAAAUCUGGUUUGGUGAUCAAUAUACAUGUACAAACUUAUAGUUA